AUGGGUCAACUCGUUGAAGCCAUACAAGCUUUGGCUAGAGGACAAGAGGAGAUGUGUCAGGCUAAUCUGAGAGUUGUCGCUGCUAACCCUGUUAUUAUGAUAAUACCAAUGAAUCCACUAGAAGGAGUUGGUACACCUGUCGAUGCUUUCUUCACUACAAGGGCCGAUUCAGUAUAUGAUUCUUUUGGUCCUUCUUCUGCUGACCUCGAACGAAGCUUCCAUAUGAUGGAAGACAAAUUAAAGGCAAUAGAAGGUCUCAAUACUUUUGGGUUAGAUGCCGCCGACAUGUGUCUAGUGCAAGGCGUGAACAUUCCUCAUAAAUUCAAGGUUCCAAACUUUGAAAAGUAUCAAGGGAUCACCUAUCCGAAGACCCACAUCCGAGCUUUUUGCAGAAAGAUGGCUGCUUAUUCUGACGAUGAGAAACUCUUAAUGCACUUUUUCCAGGACAGUCUUAGUGGGGCUUCUCUAGAAUGGUAUAUACAGCUUGAGCGCACGCAUAUACGAACCUGGAGAGAGCUUGCUGAAGCCUUCCUAAAGCAUUAUCAGUAUAAUCCAGACAUGGCUCCCAAUCGGACUCAGCUCCAAAGUCUUGCUCAGAAGCCAGAAGAAUCAUUCAAGGAAUAUGCUCAAUGUUGGAGGGACCUAGCUGCCAGGGUUCAACCUCCUCUUCUUGAAAAAGAAUUGGUAGGUAUGUUCAUGGACACCCUUCAAGGGCCACACAUUGAUAGGAUGAUUGAAAGCGCUGCCUCAGGAUUCUCAGACCUGGUCACCGCUGGGGAACGAAUCGAUAACUUUCUAAAGAUCGGCAAUAUACAAGAUAUAGCCGCCGCGGCUAGUGUAGCAAAGAAAUCCCAUUCCGGACCCCCAAAAAAGAAGGAAGGGGAGACCAAUGCUGCCAGAAUAGCCAAAAGAGAAGCUGAAGCCUACCAAAUGCCAUACUAUUCGGUGGCAGCAAUAACACUGAAUUCGUAUCAGCAGUCGACGUAUGCUAUCCCAACUGGUCCUCCAGCAGUGCAAUAUCAACAACCUUAUGCUCCUCAGCGACCUUUUGCUUCGCAAUAA